GGAGAUUGGAGCUCUGCUGAGUCAGCAUCAGCAGUCAGAGCAUAAGCAGUCAGCAUCACAGUCAGCAUUCACGAUUUCUGUCCUUUUUCGGGGCCUAUACUGUGGAUUUUAGCCGUCGUCAACCAUGGCCGUGCCAGCUAGUUCUACAAGUGCCGGGUUGGGGGUCGGUGGACUGGGACUGGUGAGCGAGGCGCUGGCCGUUCUAAACGGAGCCCACCUCAACUAUGGUGGCGGGAGUCGCCUGGGGAACCUCCUCCGGCGCUACCACCACAGCCCGGCCGCCGCUGGGAGCAGUAGAGACUCUUGCCAGAGCAGCAGCUGCAGUGCCACAGACAACCACAGUGGGUCUAUCCAAUCCAUGGUGAUAUCUGAGCUAGGAGUCAGCCAAGACACGUGGACGAAGGCAAUCGGUUCGUUUCGAUCCGAUUUCUUUAGCCUCCCCAGCGCGGGAUACGUGCCAAGCACCUCCCAACUUCUGCAACCAAUCAGAGGUAGUAAGUACAGAGGGUGGCGGUGGUUUCAAGGUGCCCGUCACUUCUCCAGCCUGGCUCGCCAUGACACACUGGGAAGAAGAAGAACAGUUGGUUUUAAUGGUGUGUCCUCCUCGCCAUGGCGACCAACUGUUCGCCACAUCUCCUUUGUCCAGCUGGAGGAGAGGGCCAACUCGGAGACGGACAAUCCUCUGAUUCAGGCCCGCUACCUUGAGGCGGUCCUAGACAGAGACCCACAUUACGUGGUGAGAAGAUUCGAAAGUGGCAACUAUGCAGUGGACGCAGAAGUCCGUCGGAUAUACCAGAGAGCACUGGAAAUAGUCGAGGUGUCAAGGGACAUGGAACCGGUGAAUACCUCAUUCCCAGCAGGGAGCUCGGGCAAGCAUGUGUAUGGAUCGCGAGAGAACCCAGUCCACAUCGUCAACCUCCCUCAGAAGGGCAGCUGGUUCAGGGAGCUGUGGUACCUCGCCCGAUUCGUCAUCAUCGCUUUCUUUGUCACGACUUUCAUCUCCUCCGCUCUCAUGACGCACAUGAAGAAUGGAACUCACCAGAUGACGAAGGAUUUCCGGCCCGAUCCGUCGGACAAACUGUACACGUUCGACGACGUGCAGGGAAUCGAAGAGGCCAAGGCGGAGGUACAGGAGAUCGUGGAAUUCCUGAAAUACCCCGAGAGGUUCCAGAGACUCGGCGCCAGGCUACCAACUGGGUUGCUGCUGAUUGGUCCACCGGGGACGGGGAAAACCCUGCUCGCUAAGGCCAUCGCCGGAGAGGCAGAGGUGCCGUUUUUCUUUGUGUCGGGGUCAGAGUUCGACGAGAUGUUUGUUGGAGUCGGCGCGUCGAGAAUGAGAAAACUGUUUGAGCAGGCGAGAAAGCUCAAACCCUGUGUGGUGUUCAUAGACGAGCUCGAUGCGGUGGGCGGGGCCAGGGUUGCCAGCUCCGUCCACCCCUACUCGAGGAUGACCCUCAAUCAACUUCUCGUCGAAAUGGACGGCUACAAGGAACUGGAGGGCGUGGUCAUAAUUGGCGCUACUAACUUCCCUGAGUCCUUGGACAAGUCAGCAAUAAAAAUAUUAUUGUAGCAUUUUUCACCACUCCCUCCAUCCAAGAAAUGGCACGCUAUUUUUAGACACUUGCACAAGUUUCUAUUACAUCAUGCACCACCUCACGCCCUAUAUAUUACAGUCCGGUUUUCUUUCUAUACUCUAUUUUUCUCUUUCUAUGUUAAUUGAUGAGCUGUUUGAUAUCUUAUCUUAUCUAUCUAAUCUUAUCGUCGUGUUGUAUUGGUGUACAGGGCACUGAUAAGACCCGGACGUUUCGACUCCAGAAUCAACAUCCCCCUCCCUGACGUUAGAUCUCGUCACGAAAUCCUGAAGGUUCAUGCGAAGAAGGUCCUGCUGUCCAGUGAAGUUGAUCUGGAGGUGGUGGCGAGAGGAACCACCGGGUUUUCUGGAGCUGACCUUGCCAACCUAAUCAACCAGGCGGCACUGCAUGGCUCUGCAAUCGGUAACGAAGCCGUCACCAGGGACGACGUGGACUUUGCACGAGACAAGAUCAUCAUGGGCCCCGAGAGAAAGAGUGCCGUCAUCGAAGAGAAGAACAGGAGACUGGUGGCCUACCACGAGGGUGGCCACGCCAUCGUGGCUCUGUAUACUCCAGGGGCCCUCCCGAUCCACAAGGCGACAAUCAUGCCGCGGGGCAGCGCCCUGGGAAUGGUCUCGAUGCUGUCGGAGAAAGACGAACUCUCGUGGAGUCGUAAACAGCUCAUGGCCAGACUAGACGUGGCAAUGGGCGGUCGCGUCGCCGAGGAAAUCGUCUUUGGUCACGAGAAUGUCACCAGCGGAGCUGCUAGUGAUUUGGAAAAUGCCACCCGAAUCGCUAGAUCCAUGGUCACCCGCUUUGGGAUGACAGACAAGGUUGGCCCAGUAGCUCACGGAGAUAAAAACGAACAAGUCAGUCCGGCCACCCAGGCUCUCAUUGACGAGGAAAUCAAGAGACUGCUGCAGGAGUCACGUGAGCGAGCUGUGAACAUGCUGAAGCAGUAUUCAGUGGAGCACAGGCGUUUGGCCGAGGCCCUGCUCAAAUACGAAACACUCUCAGUGGACGAGAUAAAGGUCGUCGUCAGCGGAAAGCCACUGGACAGGAAAAUUUGAACUAUGGAGUUUCCUGUGCAUACAUACGUAUCAUUAUUAAUGCAUGCACGUCUUCCGCCGUCUUCAUCAAUCAGCGUGAUCAACGUAAUGCGCACGCGUAGAUAUAUUAUCGUUUUGCCUGCGGGU